CGCGGGGAGUGCGCCACGCCCCCUUGCGCGCUCGGGACUCACUUCCGGGCACUGGCACGGCGUGACGUCAGGAGGAGGGCAGGGAGUCCCAGGAGACUUCUGGCUUGAGGCAGGGAGUCGACACCGCGCAAUCUGCGAUCCGUGUCUCAUCACCUCUUCAGAUCAGCCGAUCCGUCGAGGGAUCAGUAGGCAGCUCACGAGAUGGGUGAAAGGAAAGGUGUAAACAAGUAUUACCCUCCGGAUUUCAAUCCCGAAAAGCAUGGCUCUCUCAACCGGUACCACAACAGCCACCCGCUACGGGAGCGGGCUCGGAAGCUGUCCCAAGGCAUCCUCAUUAUCAGGUUUGAGAUGCCCUAUAACAUCUGGUGCGAUGGCUGCAAGAACCACAUCGGCAUGGGUGUUCGUUACAAUGCAGAAAAGAAGAAGGUUGGCAAUUAUUACACAACGCCCAUCUACAGGAAGACCCCCCACCUCGAUGCUCUCAGCCUGGAAUGCUCUUCCCCAGACAUCUGCAAGGCUCCCUCUCCUUCCUUGGGUUUCUGCUCUAACACCACCUCUCAGAGAGGCCUCUUCCAGAGCAGCACUCACCCCCCCAACACUGGUUGCUUGUGCAUUUGCUGCGAGCAUGGCCCCUGCUGGGAUGUCAGCCCCUCUAAGAGCAGGUUGACGUCCUUCACCGCCGUGUCCUCAGCAGCCGCUGCCAAGCCUGCCGCAGGGCAGCCUCGCUCGGGAGGGUUUGUUGAAUGCACGAAGGAGCAAACUCCAGACAGAAGGUCAGCUCUGGGGCGAUGGGACGGUGUGUGUCUCACCCACAGCCAUGACCCCAGACACAGAGCUUGGUUCCGGAUGAAAUGCCACCUGUGUGUCAACUACAUCGAGAUGCAGACGGACCCCGCCAACUGCGACUACGUGAUUGUGAGUGGCGCCCAGCGCAAGGAGGAGCGCUGGGACAUGGAGGACAACGAGCAGGUGCUGACGACAGAGCAUGAGAAGAAGCAGAAGCUGGAGACGGACGCCAUGUUUCGCCUGGAGCACGGCGAGGCCGACCGGAGCACGCUCCAGAAGGCCCUCCCCACCCUGAGCCACAUCCAGGAGGCCCAGAGCGCCUGGAAGGAUGACUUCGCUCUCAACAGCAUGCUGCGGAAAAGGUUCCGGGAGAAGAAAAAAGCCAUGCAGGAGGAGGAGGAGAGGGACCAGGCGUUGCAGGCUAAGGCGAGCCUGGCCAUCCCGCUGGUGCCCGAGACGGAGGACGACCGCAAGCUGGCCGCCCUGCUCAAGUUCCACACCCUGGACUCCUACGAGGACAAGCAGAAACUCAAGCGGACGGAGAUCAUCAGCCGCUCCUGGUUCUCCUCCACCCCGGGACCCCGCGCCGGCAGCAGCAAAGCCGGCAGCGCCCUGAAGAAGCUGGCCCAGAACCGCAGAUGCGCACCCGUCGGCUCCCCCAUCACCACAGAGGACCUGGGCAUCGUGCGGCGGCGGUCCCGAGAGGCCUUGGAGAACCUCCGGCUCGCCGCGGAGACCCCCAAGCCUGGGGCGCCAUGGGUGCCGGAGGGGAACACCCAGGACAGGCCCGCAUCCCCCCCAGACUGCUCUCCGGAGACAGCCGAGACCCCCAGGAGCAGGGGACCUCUGGGGCAGGCGGGGAAAGGUCAGGACAGACCCCGGUCCCCACCAGGCCCCUCUCAGGAGGCAGCCACCUCCCAGGACACACCACACCCGGGCACCCUCAGCUCCUCCCUGGUGGCCGAUUACUCCGACUCCGAGAGUUGCUAGAUGGGCCCAGGGGCUGACUCCCCCCGCACCCCACCACCCAGCUAAGCUUCGCAGGACCCUCACCAGCCAGCGUGAUGCUACGGCCACAGCCACGAUCCCCGCCCAGCAUGAGGGUUUCACUGUGGUAGCUCAGGUUGGCCUGCAAUCAGAGCGGACUUCCCAGAGGAGGCAGUACAGUCUCAGUGCGAAAGGUGGACGGGGGACUGGGCAGCAGGAACCGUACAGUUAGGACUGGGAACAUAGGAGGUGCCUGAAGCAGUCAAACCUGGAGCAUGCAAGUGUGGGGUUUUCAUUUUUCCCAGCCUGUAGGGGUACCUUGGAAAGGUCACGAAAAGGCCCCCUCCCCUACCCCCUUCCCUGCCAUGGUGCAUCUUUUGGAGGGAACUGGUAAACUGAACAGGAAAUAGCUCAGAAACAGCAGGGCAUCAACCCAGAAACCCAACCGGCCACCUCCCCUUAAACCGGGGAAAAGGAAGAGCAUUUAACAAAUGUGGGGGUUUGUAGCCCCAGGGGAUAUGGCAGUGACCCAGCCACACAGUGCACUAGGUGCUGAGGUCCUGGCCAGAUUCAUAUUUCGCCUGAGGGGGCAUGGUGGCCCUAGGGGCUGUCCCCAGCCCACCAGCCUUUGCUCCCUGCAGGGAAGGGAAGGUUUCAGGGCAACGGUAAGAGCCCCUUAGUCUCUGAAAUACCCAAUGCGGGCCUUUGUUUGAGACCACCUUCAGCAUUCUCUGUGGCUGAAGAAAUCAGGCACCUAAGGGUGCCCACCCGGGAUUUGGGGUCCUUGCUGCGAGCCCUUAACUCCGGUCAGCCGAACGGUAAACAACGUGGCCCCAGAAACGGUGCGCUCUGGUUUCCAGAAGGCGGCUAACUGCCCAAACUCGGCCCUGGGGUAGGGCGGGCUCGGCCUCCUGG